AAAAGUGGUGUUGUAUAAGUAGAUAUUUUGGUGCUAAGUCGCCUGUUUUGGCAUUUUGUGUACUAAAAAGUUCGCCAAGUUCUCGUCAUCGUUCGAUAAAUAGAUGGAAACGCAUUAGAAGAACGUCGCCUAGCCCAAUAUCGUGAAAUAUGUGAAAAUAAAGGCAUUUAAAGACGAGAAGAGUGAAAGCAAACAAAGCCGAGGAGGCCUACAAAUCACGCAGCAGCUCCCGCAGCAACGAGAACACCACGGAAAAUGUAUCUUUCGGGCGAAAUCCGUGUAACACAUUUUUUCAACGCCACAAUAUCGAGUGCGUGAGCGUCUUCCGGAGAUAUGUAGACACCAUUGGCCAUAUUCGGAGUGCUUCCUCGCCAAAAUCAGCUAUUCGAAGGCAAAUAAAUUGAGUUGGAAAGGCGGCGAUGGCUCGGUGAAAAACUAUGGCCUUCAAAGUCCCACCCAGUUAGAAGGAUUCGUUCGUGUGCGUGUGUGUCCAUAUGCUAUAAAUAACCAGUCUUCGAAAAUGUUGGACUUUUGUGAACUUAUCACAACUGCCAGAUAAAAUGAGGGGUCUAUUUUUUGCUCAAAUAAAACCCAAGGCGGUGAUAACAGCAAUUAUAAAUAAUUAUUAAAACAUGAACUUGUAAAAUCGAACAUGGAGCCAAAUCAUUAUUACUGCCGGAGUGCUAUGCAGCAGACGUCGACGUCGUCAAUUCCCCAACAUUCGUCGAACAAAAUCAACUAUGGGAUGAAUGCGGGACAGCAGGAGUACGCGGCCUGUGGCUCCAAUCAAUCGCAGUCGGGAUACAGCUCAAAGGAUCUGGUGCCACGCAGCGGGAACAACAAAUCUCUAGGCGGUAAUGGCAGCGGAAUGGGGAGUCCCUAUGCAGGAUCGGUCUGCAGCAAUAGUGGCCAAUGCAGCAAGAGUACUACUGCCAAUGCAGGGAACUAUAUCAAUAUAAUGACUGUUCCACUCGGAACAUUGCAGUAUAACCGAAAGAAGUUAACUACUCAGGACUACGAAUCGCAUUUAUAUUACAACACCACGGAUGUCAAGUGCCGCGAUGAUUACUAUAUAGCCAACAAUGCGGCAGGAGGGAUACCCCAGCACCAGGGACACCAACCGCAACAGCACAUGCAACAUCAGCAGCAGCAGCAGCAGCAGCAGCAGCAGCAGCAACAUCAGCAACAUCAGCAGCACCAGCAACAUCAGCAACACCAGCUCCACCAACAACACCAACACCACCAGCAACAGCAACAGCAACAGCAACAACAGCAACAGCAGCAUCAGGCAAACUUUCUCCACAUCCAGCAAUCGCUCCAGCACAACCACCAGCUUAGCCACCCAGAACCAAUCCAUCAGUUGCCGCAAUUACAGGCCUCGCAGGUCGCCGAUCCGCCAGAUGCCUUCGACAACUGUGCUGCGAUCUUCCCCAACGCCAGCGGCAGUGGUCGCGUGGCAGCCACUCAGACCCAUCAGAAUAGCUCCGGUGUGGUCACAUGCGGCGACCAGCAGACGCCAGUGUCCCUGGGCUCCAUGCCAGUGCCCCCGAUCAUGUACACCGUUCACCGUGUGGUGACCACCGCCCAAAUCCAGACGGCGGUGGGCAGCACCUUUGCCUCCUCUGCCAGCGUUUCCAGUGUGGUCAGCACGGGGCAGAACGAGGGCGACUGCCUGUCGCCGGCACAGGUGUCCUCUGCGAUGGCUGCCACCUCGAAUGCUCCAUGUCUUGGGGGACUAGGCGACAUGGGGGCCAAUAUGAUGAACAAUGCAAGUGCACUUUGUCCCCUGUCUGACCUGAGAAGUCCUUCUGGUGUUCUAACCAACUCCUCAUUCAUGCCUGGGCACCAUAAAUGCAACAAUGGCAACGAUGCCCAAUCUAAUCCUGCAAUCCAAAAGCGUGUGAUGGCCACAAGCUCAACUUCCAAUUUCGCAAAUGCUGGUAAACCUGCUUCCAACCUGACUCGGGCUCUUCAAAAUGUAAUCCCCACUUGUGUGUAUCUUAUGUCCCGCGUGGCGGUCCAUAUGGAGAUCGAGGGCACUUCCCAGUGUCCAUCGCAGGUCAUGCUGGCCGCUGCUUUGGGUUGCGAGGAGCUGGGCAUAUCCAACAAGCUGCUGGCCCAGAGUGUGUUUGGAUUGUGGAUGACAAGUGCUUUAUUGGAAAUGCAGCUAAAGGCCCAUCAUUGUCCCUAUAUAGUGAGGGUGGCGUGGCCAAAUCUGCUCCAGAAGUUCAGCAAUAGCAGUCCCAGUGAUCGAAAGUUUGAUGAGCCCAUGAUAGUGUUGAAGAGGAAUGUUUUCUUCUCGAAACGAGACGAGGAAAAGAUCAAGGAUCAUCGAAUAUUAGAGCUCCUGUAUGAGGAGGCCAGAAAUAAUGUUCUAACGGGUAGAUAUAUUAUGGAGCCAGUGCAUUCACUGAUGUUGGGUGGCAUACAGGCUCGAAUCGAACUUGGGCCCUAUAAUUCGCAUACCCAUACAAUAGGCUUUUUCGGUGAGGAAAACCAAGCUCGUUUCUUGCCACCUCAUGUAGCCAAGAGCUCGACUUGGUUGUGGUUGCCCAUAAGCCAAAAGAACUCUGCGGAAGUCAAGUUGUUGGAGCAGUUUAAGCGGGUUCCCCAAACAGCUACAACACGGAAAUUAAUGCGAAAAUAUCUGGAAUUUUGCUGGGCACUGCCAUUUUACGGUGCCGCCUACUUCCAUGGACAGAUAGAGCAGCCUGUGAGGGGAAUUAUGGCCUUGGUCAAUCAAAAGGAUAUGGAGGUUUUAGUUGCAGUUAAUGAAAAGGGAGUGUUUAUCAUAGAUCCAUAUGAAUGCACUCUCUUGCUGGGCUUGCGAUAUGAGGAUUUAUCUUGGGAUUAUGCCAAGCCAAGUGCCAGUGAUGAUCCCGAAUGCCUGACUUGUAUAUUUCUUCAGUUUGAUGCUGUUGAGAAUGGAAUACAGGUUUCGAAGUUAAUGCAAAUAUUUUCCAAGCAAGCUGCCAUGAUAGACGCACUUAUAUCACAUUUUACGGAUCAAAUACGAAACAAAAAGCAGGAGGGGAACACUCAAGAACCUUUUCAUGAUGAGCCAAAUCCUAUUCAAAAUAAUGGAAAUGGAGUGUUAUGCAAUAAGCUGUCUCGAUUGACUUUGGCCACCUUUGAUGAGGAGGGAGGUCGCUGCAUUGGGCAAAUGGGAUCAUUAUCUAUAAGCUAUUAACAAUUGUUACUAAUGAUAAACUAGACUUAAGUUACAGGGGUGUUACAUAUAAAGUGCGUGCAUAUAUUCAUGAUUGUUGAUAAAUUCCCAUAAAUAUACUCACAAGCAAAGUUUUAGCAAAUGGAAUCAACAUAUUCACUCAGUUAUCGACACAAUGAAUUCCACUAAAUUUAGUUGUUUUCUAAUUUUAUCAAACGUGAUCUGUAUCCGAAUUUUAA